AUGGCUAUACUGCGGUCUCCCGCUAUGCGCAAGCCCAUCAGAUCCAAACCCAAACAACCCUCUCGCCCAUCCCGAUCCCGCCGUUCGUCCAUCUGGCACACCUUUUGGUAUCAAGGCUCCUUUGCGGGCCUGAUAUUUAUCCUGGCGUGCCUGCUGGUCAUUUCUGCGUAUGGGAUAGGGGAUCAGGCGUUUCGGACGGGGAGGCAGGGGAGGGGGAAUGUUGUGAUUCUGGCGGCGGCAUAUGUGGCUGUGGCUGUAAUCUCUGCGAUGUUCUGCUGGUCCCGGAUCGUGACCAUCAAGCGGGUCCUGCGGACGAUGCCAAAGCCGUAUAUGCCGACCAAAUAUCUUGACUUGGAUAAGUCCGUCGCAGAUCACAUUAUGAGCGAGUACUCGAGAACGGCUGUCAUUGCGCAUAUCAGCCAAGCCACGACGGGAGUUCAGGAGGGGUGGGGCAGACCAGGUACAAAGUGGGCAGACAAACACUUCCGGACCGAGAUCCUACACACACUGCCGGAAAUGCACCACCGGCUCAUUCCCUCCUCAUCUCGAGAUAUCUCUCCUCCGCUAUCGCUCUCGCCACUCGCAACCGCCGCGGAACGAACACACGACCAGGCGCUCACUAUCUUUGUCAAUUCCUACAUCCGGCUCGUGGAGCAGGCGCGGUAUGCCCGCCGAGAGCCGAGUGAGGCGGAUGCGGAGGCGGUGAUGAAGGUGGUGCAGGUGGUGAGGGGGACGAUGGAGGUCAGGAGGGCGAAAGAGAGGGAGAAGGGAGAGGGGUGGAGAGUGAGGGAUGGGAAGGGGACCGUGGACGGCGAGGGCUGA